GUCAAAUAUUAGUAGACCAGUCAUAACUUCCGUUUAAAAUUUCUCUCGUGAUCGAUAUUUCAGGCGAAGACACUAAUGUAUGGACCAUGCAAUAAGCUACAGCUAUAUUCCAGAGAGACGGAGAAUGCAAGGUGGAGAUGGUCUGUACAGCAGAAUGUCAUCAGCUCACAUGUUUAGGGAGGCACAGGAUGCAGAGUUUGAACAUAAAACAAAGAAAGUGGCCGAGAGAAUCUCUGAAGGAAUGAACAUCGUGGCCAAUGAGCCAUCCUUAGCUUUCUUUAGAAUCCAGGAACAUGUAAGGAAGUCACUUCCACAGUUAGUGGAGCAAAAGCACGACGUUCAAGAUCUACAACAGAAAGUCCAAGGAGCCAGUUUUGAUACAGAAUAUGCCACAAAUGCUGUCAAAGGUCUGCAUAAAAGCAACAUUCACUUCCAGAACAUACAGGACCUCCUUAAGAAUGCCAUGUUCAUGAAACAACAGAUUGAUUAUGAACAAGAUCGGAGAGAUCACGACAAGGUAAGACCUAGUAUGUAUGGUACAGCAAAGAACCAGGGUAGUGCCCCGGGGGACAGGCAUUCCCUCCCCUCCACCCCUACCACAAACAGCCCAGGGGGCCAUAGCCUCAACACAUCGGUCAACACAACGAACACCCCUACUGGUCGGAGGUCAAGGUCUCUGCCUCCCUCAAAAUUGAGUUCUAGGACUAAGGGAAAAGGAUCACCGAAAGGCAUUCAUAAAUCUCUUGAUGAGCCAGUGAUGCCUGCCCCAUUGCCAAAUAUGCCUGCCGGGUCAUCAUCUACGUAUGGAUCAAUCAACUCCAGCUGACUGUCAGAACAGUAACAAACCUAAAAAUAUUAAAGGUUUCACACUUAGACGGUCAAAAAAA